GGUAGAGCAGAGUGGUUUAGUCGUUUGUUGGGGAAGUGUUAUCUGCUUGCUGGGCGACUGCGGCUCUCCUUCGGGCCACCAGAAGCGGCGCGGCGGUCUGUGAAGUGGCCUAAGACUUCGGCGUUUGGUGAAAAAUGGCCCGAACCAAGCAGACUGCGCGUAAAUCCACCGGGGGGAAAGCCCCCCGCAAACAGCUGGCCACCAAAGCUGCCAGAAAGAGCGCUCCCUCUACCGGCGGGGUGAAGAAACCUCACCGUUACAGACCCGGAACCGUGGCGCUUCGAGAGAUUCGCCGUUAUCAGAAAUCGACCGAGCUUCUGAUCCGGAAGUUGCCUUUCCAGAGGUUGGUGAGGGAGAUCGCCCAGGAUUUCAAAACAGACUUGAGGUUUCAGAGUGCGGCCAUCGGCGCCCUGCAGGAGGCUAGUGAAGCGUACCUGGUUGGGUUAUUUGAAGACACUAAUCUGUGUGCCAUCCACGCCAAGAGAGUCACCAUCAUGCCCAAAGACAUCCAGUUGGCUCGCCGGAUACGGGGGGAGAGAGCUUAAGUGGAAGGCAGUUUUUAUGGUGUUUUGUAGUAAAUUCUGUAAAAUACUUCGGUUUAAUUUGUGAGUUUUUUUGUAAGAAAUUGUUUAUAAUAUGUUGCGUUUGUACUUAAGUCAUUCCAUCUUUCACUCAGGAUGAAUGCGAAAAGUGACUGUUCACAGACCUCAGUGAUGUGGGCACUGUUGCUCAGGAGUGACAAGUUGCUGAUCUGCAGAAGGGAUGGGUGAUACUUCUUGCUUCUCAUGAUGCAUGUGUUUCUGUAUGUUAAUGACUUGUUGGGUAGCUAUUAAGGUACUAGAAUUGAUAAAUGUGUACAGGGUCCUUUUGCAAUAAAACUGGUUAUGACUUGAUCCAAGUGUUUAACAAUUGGGGCUGUUAAGUCUGACCAUACAUCACUGUGAUAGAAUGUGGGCUUUUUCAAGGGUGAAGAUACAAGUCUUAACCACGGUGUAAUUUACAGUUUCCUAAAAAAAAGAAAAAAGAAAAAAAAGUAAACCUGGCAGCUAUAGAAUACACUAUGUGCAUUUAUAAUAGCUAUUUUAUAUAUUGUAGUGUCAACAUUUUUAAAUUAAAUGUUUUACAUUCACAUGUGGUGGGGAGUCUUGUCAUUAAGAUGUGUGUAAUUUAGAGUCCAGUUGGUUUGCCUCUCACUAGACUUACACUUGUUUUCAUAGUAGUGAAAUGCUAUGCCUCAUUGUACCUUGCAUAAGUCCUCAUUCUACCACAUGUUAAACCUCUAGUUGAUAAUACAGACGCUGAUGGGGAAUUUUAUUUAUAAGGGCUCUAGAAUAUAUAAUACCAGUUAUUCACACCAGCAUCAUCUGUUAGUAAUCUCCAGAACUAGUUAGUGCAGCUUUUUGUUGUGUUGUCAUAAGUAGGUUGUUUUUCUCCUCCACUAAGAGGAGCCAAUGCUGAAAUGCUUUUCCUUGUGGAGUUUGUGUUGUAACUUUUAGUGUAAACUUGCUGUGGGGGAGGGGCAUGUAGGUCCAGCUUAUUGAGCCUCUGCCAAUUAAGGUGGUGUUGCCAUAAGUUGCAUCUGGUAUACUGUCCUGGGAAAAAAAUCACUUAACAGAGGUGGCCUUCCAAGUGGUUUUAAAACUUAUCCUUCUAUUGAAGUUUUUAGGUUAAUUAUGUAUGUUGACUAAAUUUACCAAUAAACUUGUUUAUCUAAUUGUGAAAAACCUAAAUUGAAUGUAUAGAGCUUUAAUUCAUCCAUUACUUAGGCUUUUUGUAUUCUAAAAUUUGAGCUUUUAUAGUUUAGCUUUUGGUUGGUAGAUAAAGGAAAUUUUCGUUAUAAAAGUAAUUGUAGAAAGCAUGCAAGCUAAUCUCCUUAGUCAUUUUCUGAUUUAUAAAAAUGUUAUAAUUGCCAUGUUUGGAAUGUGGACUUAGGACAGAGUUUAUCAAUAGGCUUCCCCCCCCCCCCCAUAUUGUCAAGGAAUAAAAUACUUCGAUUGUAUUCAAGGUACAACACAGACCAAGAGGGAAAUACUUAUAAAAUUCUAGAACUCAAAUUUUGCAUUUUGUUCCAUGAAUCUUUUGAGCCAGGUGUAUAGAAACGUACACAGCAAGGUAGGCUAACACAAGUCCACAGGCAUGGAAUUCAUUGUUGGGCUAAGACACCAUUUCACUACAAAACUAUUUCUCUGGACCAGUGAUGGCUUCCAGUGAAGCAUUGUGAAUGUUAGCAAGACAUGGGCACAAGAGCAACCAGUCUCAGAAAAACUAGAAGUUUUUGCCUUGUUAAAAUAACUAAGAAAAAACUGGAUUAGUUUGAAAUUUAGGAGCUUGUUCAGAGGAAGGCGUGCUAGAGUUUUGAAGUCGAGUGUUUGGUGUCUUUUUAGCUUGAGUCUUAGAGGUGUCAAAGGUGGUGUUCAUUAUAAUAUAAAGCAAUGGUUUUCUAGAAGAUCUUAACUAGGCUCUGGAACAAAUGCCUAAUCUUAGUUUUGUCACAUUGUGUUUCUGAAUGAGAUAACCUAGAUGCUGGAAUGUGCUGUGCUCUAGAGUGUCUAGUGGUGUCCCAAGUACACAAGUGGACACAAACUUAAGAGAUGGUGAUGGGUUAGCUUGUUAGGACUACUUGUGAUAAACCAAAUGGGUGGCACUGUUGAGCUUUCUCCCUCAGUCUGCAGCCUUUUGGGUUUUGUUAGAAUCUGCUGAAGUGCAACUCGCAUCUCCAUACUGCUGGAGCACACUUUACUGAAGGCAAAGAUGCUUUGUGGUUCUUGGAAGCUGUGCCGACACGGGCUGUCACUGGGUAAGGGUGAUGGAAUGAUUUGUAAGGAAAACAAAAGUUGGAGCUGAUGAAGGUACCUUGUGCCCUUGAUGGACGAGACAAAAAUAAAGCUGUUUAAGUUAGA